AUGAGCAAACCCAGAACCAAAUGUAGGGGGGAGAGAGCGCGGGGCAAGAGCGAUCCGAGCCCACACAGCAGCAAGAUCCGAAUUCUGGCGUCCUCCGCCCCUGGCUCGCGCUCGCUCGCGCUCGCUCCCUCACCGCCGCGAAGCCAGCAUCCCCACCGUGACGCUCGCAUCACACCCGGGCGCCGACCGCCACCAUCAGCACCGCCGGCGGCAGCACCCUCCUUCCUUGCAUCAUCGCCGCCGCCGCAGCUGUCAGGACGACGCGCGGGCAGUCUGCGCGCGGGCGGCGGCGGGCGCGGGGCGAGCCCCGGGGCGCCCGGACCGGGGCCGGGGCCGGGGCUGGCGGCGGGCGCGGCGAGGCGGGGGGCCAGUCCAGACCGACGGCAGCGACGGGGCGGGCGGGCGGCGGCGGCGGCGGCGGCGGCGGGGCUCGCUCAGUCCCCAGUUUCGUACACCACGAGCGGCAGGUCGGAGCAGCCUCUCCGGGAGGAUGUCCAGCCGCAGCCCUCCUCUCUCCAGCCCUUGGGGACCUUCCGCUGAGGCAUUGAAGACAGGAGGAAGGGGUCCGUCAUCGGCUCGCCGGGCUCCGCGCCACCUCUGCGAUCUUGCGGAAAGACGAGCGGCUUUGAUGGAAUAACCACUUUGAGCCAAGAAGAGUGAUUGGGACUGAUACCAUUCUUUGUUUAUUUUUGGGAGAAGAAAGGUUCUCUUUCCUUGAAGAACAGCGGUCUGAGAGGGUGUGUCCAAAUCCUUUGCAUCCACCUGCCAUGGCCAUCAAAGGAUGAGAGAAUUGAGUCAAGGUGAAGGUCAUCAGUUGCGGAUAGCAUUGCUGGGGACUAACACCAACCCUGCCCUCAAACCAUCAUGCAAAUGAGUAAAAGACACCCACCUCGUUAUUGUCCUUGCCGUUCUUCUGUGCUUCCGCUAGUUUUUAUUGGUUUUCUGGUAUUCAAAGUGGACAUGACAUAGAUGAUACAUCAGAUCUAAUAAUUUUUUUUGGUUUCAUAUUCAGUUUGGCUGAAAUGUGCUGUCAUACAAUUUCCUGCGAGAAGCUUACAAGAGGAAGAAAUUGUUCUGAGCUCUUCCAUGACUGAAAAGUCUUUUUUUUUUUUUUUUUGACUUUCAUUUAAUUGAUAGCUUUGUGAGGUAUAACAUUUUAGAUUGAAAAUAUUUUUUUCACAUUGGUAUUUUGAAAGCAUUUAGAGUCUGGUACUGAGAAUAAGAGGUAAAAGGAAAAAAAAUUCUGAAACUCUUUCCUGUGUAAUUUAACUGCAUUUUUAUUUCUGGGAGUAUUCAGCAUAUUCUCAUUAUUCUGAUUAUCUUAAAUGUUACGAGAUGUCACCUUGGUAUACUUAGUCAGUUUUGUUUUUAUUCAUCUUGGGAGGAGCCUCAAUAUGUACUUCAACCUGGAGGCUUUCUCAAGUAUCUGUCCAUACUUUGUCUUAUUUUUUAAAAAUAAUGUGAUGAAAAGAUAGUAGGAAAUUUGGAUACAUUUCUAAGUCUUGUCUAUUGUCAGAUUUGCUUAAGAGUGAUUGGAAGUAAGCUAGAUGUGAUUAUGCUGAGAGAGAACCCAAUUCUAGACCAUGGAAUUGCCUUUCUAUUAGGAAAGUUUAAUUUUCCCAGGGAUGAAAGCUUGGAUCUCCUCCCUGGGGCAUGGGAGGGAGGACAGAUGCCAGACAUGCAAAAUUCUGUGCAUGAAGGCAGGGUAUGACAGUCUACAAAUGUAUAUAAAGAUUUUCAGUUUAUUCUCCUCUUUUCAGCCUAGACGAAUGUCUACCCUCCUUUGUCUCUUGCAUCUCCAGCACUAAGUGAAGUUGAAAUGUCAGAUUUCCAUCACAGAGAGUGGCUAAGGGAAAUGGGCAUGCUAGGGUGGGUAUACUGUGUAAGACCUGAAGAGGAUUACUAUCCACAAUCAGGUCCAAAGGACCUACCAUUAACCACCAUCAGGAAGAAUGAGCUGAUGACAAAGGCACCAGCAUCUCCAAAUGUUUAGUGGUGGCCCUCCUCCUCACCAGGGUAUAUGGCAAGGGAGGUCAUUACAGAAUUAGGCACACUGAUAGCCAUGGGGAAACUAAGUGGACAGAGCAUCCUCAUUAUCGUGUUGGAAUGCAUGCAGGAAAGAAGGCUAAUCCAGUGAAAGUUAUGGAGAUAAUUAAUUGAACACGGGGACCCUAAGAACAACAUAGAUGCGAGGUCAGCAAAGUUUGAACUACCAGUAUAAAUCAAGGACAUAUGCCCAGGAUGCUGAACCCCUCCUCCCCACAAAUGUCAAAAUCUUUUGUUCCAUUUCUGGACCUGUGCCAGCUUUCCAUACUGGAGCCCACCUGCUGAAGAGGAGGCCAUGUUCCCAGAAGGAAGGACUCAACGAUGCCACCAUAGUCCUUGGCAUCACUGCCUCUGUCCUUCCACCAAGGACCCUCUAGUCAUGUCCUUGGAUGUAUGUGUACUGAGAAUACUUGUUUCCAAGGGCUGCUGUAACUAGGCAGCUCACAUACAGUAAAUGUUUUUUUUUCACAGUUCUGGAAACUGUAAAUUUGAGACCGCGGUGUCAGUGGGGUUGGGUCCUUGUGAGGCCAGGAGGGAGAGUCUGCUCCUGGCCUUUUCCUGAGCUGCUAGUACCUUGCUCGAAAUUUCUGGUGCUCUCUGGGUUGUAGAAACAUCACCCUAAGCUCUUCCUUCAUGUUCAUGUGAAGUUCAUUCUGUGUUUGUGUCUGUGUCCAAAUCUUGUUCUGUAGGGACACCAGUCAGAUUAGGGCCCACUCGUUCCAGGAUAACCUGAUCUUAACAGUUGCAUCUGCAGGGGCACCUGGGUGGCUCAGUGGGUUAAAGCCUCUGCUUUCGGCUCAGGUCAUGAUCUCAGGGUCCUGGGAUCGAGCCCCGCAUCGAGCUUUCUGCUCAGCAGGGAGCCUGCUUCCUCCUCUCUCUCUCUGCCUGCCUCUCUGCCUACUUGUGAUCUCUUUCUGUCAAAUAAAUAAAUAAAAUCUUUAAAAAACAAAAACAAAAAAAA